CGUGUUUACCAUAGUUCUAAUCAGUAACGUUGUAGAGGCGACUACAAUGAAGAACAGUAAAUUAUUAUUACAAGAUUUGUUUCAAAAUUAUUCCAAAGACAUCCGACCAGUAGAAGACCAGUCAAAACCCGUAACUGUAAACAUCGACCUCGAUAUUGUCUCCAUCAACGACUUUGACGAAGUAGCAGGAUCGAUAUCGGUGGUUGCCAUCUUGUAUAUUUCCUGGAAUGAUGAAAGUUUGGUUUGGAAUUCCACCUCGUACGGGAAAACGAAGUCAUUAACGUUGCCACAGAGCAUAGUAUGGGUCCCAGAAAUGUUUUUGUGCAAUCCAGCGGAUGCUUUUCGGCCAAUUACUGGCGAAAAUUUCAAUGUACUGUUAAUGGCAAAUGGUGAUGUUACAUGGACACCCGGUACUUUGUUGACGGCGACAUGUACACCAGAUGUAUACAGAUAUCCAUUCGAUCAACAAACAUGUACACUACAACUAAGCCCGUGGGGAUACUCCAACCAGCAGGUGAAGCUCAAGAUACCUUCUUCUACUAUUCUGUUCACUUAUUUUCAUAUGAAUAGUGAAUGGGAUGUGAAAGCGUCACGAACAUUUCUUUGGUCGAGAUCAUUUGACGUAGGGCAAUAUCAUAUUGUUAUCAAGAGACGUCAUAUGAAUUUUCUGGUGAGUGUUGUCAUACCUGUCAUCAUGUUGGCUUUUGUGAACCUGUUCGUUUUUAUCCUGCCAUUUAACUCGGGAGAAAGGGCUUCGUAUAGUAUCACAGUGUUACUGGCCUUUACUGUGUAUAUGACGGUGGUGAGUGACAGGAUGCCUGCUUCAUCACAACCAAUGUCUUACAUUUCCUUUUAUCUACUUUCAUUGGUUGGCAUUAGCGUCGUUAUAGUAACGGUGAAUAUAUUUCAAAUAAGAACAUACAGUAGACACGAUGAGGAUGAACCAGUUCCUGAAUGGAUAAAGAAAGUGUACUUCUACACUCAAAACGUGUUUAGACGCAAAAAAGUAAACAAUAAUGAACAACUACAAAGAUUUGCUGGAACCGACAGUAGCAACUACGUAGACAACGUGGGAACGCAAGUAAAGGCUCUGGAUUCUUCAAAAGGAGCAAAUGAGUUAUUUUACACUGGUAACUUACAUGAGUCGCAAGUGAAAGAGGAACCUACUUCUAUCACUUACAGCAUACCAAUGAUCCCUCCCAGAGAACCUAGAAAUAGUCACGUGGCACAUGGCGGCGAAGAUCGUUGAUAAGUUUUACUUCUCUCUGUUUCUAUUCCUCAUCAUCAUUACCACCGUUUCAUAUUUUAUCAAUGUUAGUGUCAAUUGAAUCGGCCAUCACGGUCAAAAUGACUAAUCUAACAUUCAGGUGAGUUCGCGUUAGAGAGAACACGUAUAGCCUCCUUGUGGAUCAUGAGUAUCAUCAGUUCAUCCAGUAGAAAACGGACAGAAACUUUAGAAUGCGAACACAUUUACUAGAAAUAUUUGUAGCUAAACAUUCUUUUUCACACCAAAUGACUUGGUAUUUCGUUUCCAUCUUAGUAUAUGGUGACUUUUAAAGCGAUAACCGAUGUGACGGUGGUUAUUCUGAUUAUUUGUGCAUAAUGUGUUGAAUGUUUGUUCCAGUAGAAUUCCAUGAAUAUCAAUGAAAUUAAUGAGUUUUACUUUUAUAUAAUUUG